CACGCUGAGGCGAUGCACUGACAGGGAGCGCAGGCGGGGAGGCUGCACCCUCCGAAGGGAAAGGGGACCCCGGCUGCCUGCAAAGCAUCCUCCCCAGCUCCGAGAACGGCCUGUGUUGUCCUGGCUCAGGUUAACGAUCCGCGGCUGCAUUGCGUUGCCAGGCGGACGUCUCCCGCCGGUUGGUGGGAGAGGCACUUUCCCUAAAUGCAGCUUCUGGCUUUGGCUGACAAAGUGACCAUGCUUGCAACGCCACGGGACUGCGAGGGAUUUACACUCCCUCCCUCCCUCCCGCCCCUCUUCAUUCGGAUUGUGGCGUGUGUGGGGAACGGCUCUGAAUCGCGUAGCUUCUGCAGGAGCAGGACCCUGCCUUGGCGAUGGGGAGAAAGCUGCAGUCUCGGGGCUUUCUGACUGGUAAAACCCGACUGUCCUGCUGGGAGGAGGCGCUUGGAAACCCUGCGGCCCCCGGGUUUAUUUGAGGUGAGGGGGGCUGGGAGACAGGAAUGGCAAAGAAUGUCUUCGGAAGCAGAACCAGCUGCUGAAACAACUUCGAGCAGCCCAGAGGGAAGAGCAACGGCACCUGCAGAUGUUCGAGAGGAGCAACGCCCUGUCAAGCAGUCCUUGAGUGCCUCCAUGUGCAGAGAAUCCCACUGGAAAUGCCUCCUCCUUUCCAUCCUUAUGUAUGGCUGCCUGGGUGCUGUGGCCUGGUGUCAGCUAGCCCGAGUCACCAAGCUCAGCUUUGAUAGCUCCUUCAAAGGCAAGUCUAUGAUCUACCAUGAUAGCCCGUGCUCUGAUGGCUAUGUCUACAUCCCUCUAGCCUUCCUCACCAUACUGUAUGUGGCCUACCUGGUGGAAUGUUGGCACUGCCAUGCCAAAAGUGAACUCCAGUACAAAGCGGAUGUGGACAGCAUCUAUGACCGUAUCAACCGCAUGCAGCAGGCCACUCCCUGUAUUUGGUGGAAGGCCAUCAGCUACCACUUUGUGCGACGCACCCGGCAGGUGACCCGGUACCGCAAUGGUGAUGCCUAUACCACCACACAGGUCUACCAUGAGCGGGUCAACACACAUGUGGCUGAAGCUGAGUUUGACUACUCUCACUGUGGAUUCAAGGACAUUUCCAAGGAGCUGCUAGGCCUGGAAUGCUACACAGCCACAAAACUGAAGUUCACCAAGUGCUUCAGCUUUGCCAACACAGAGUCAGAGAACGCAUACCUGACCCAGAGGACUCACUUUUUCACAGAAAUUGAGGGGCUGGAUGACUACAUGGAGGUCAGGGAAGGCAUGCAGCUCAAAAACAUAGACUUCAAAGAGCUUAUGAUGGCCUAUGGGGACCCAGAGCAUCUCCCAUGGUACGUGUCCCACUAUACUUUCUGGGUGGCAGCUGUCUUGAUGAUCUCCUGGCCACUGCGGGUGCUCAUAGAGUAUCGGACUGCGUAUGUGCACUACCACAUUGAGAAGCUCCUAGGCCUAGAGUACACAGUGCCCGGCAUAGCAGAGGAGCCCCUGUAUAGGUAUUGCAUGCCCCGGGAUAACACUCAGGACAGCACUGAACUGGAAUGGCACAUCUGUACCAAUCGACAGCUGAUCCCCAGCUACUCGGAGGCCAUGCUCCUGGACCUGACAGACUCCCCUGUGUACAACGGCUACUCCAUGCGUGGGUACAGUGAAAUAGCUCAUGGCUGUGAGCGCUGCAAUCAGGCCUCCAGCACCUCCUCCAUCUUCUCCCGCUACGCCUUCCACAGUGGCAGCGGAAACUCACACCUCUCCCUCAACACCAGCCGCUUCUCUUUGUGCCGGGUUCAUGGUUCUCACAGGACAGGCCUCUGGAGGAGUUGCAGCAGCAGCAUUGCAGACCGUGGCUGCCAGGAUGAACAGUGUUGCUCUUACUCUAGCCAGCUCGCCAUCAAUGAAAACCCACCCACCUACCAGGAUGCCCGCUUUUUCCCAGUGUUAAUUGUGCACAGAUCUGAAGGGCACGAGGGAAGGCGCUUCUAUAUCCGGCGCUCAUCCUGCCUGGAGACAUCUCUGUGAUCAGGCCUUAUGGCUCUAUGGCUCCUCUCUCCCCAGGACAGCUCCAGUGCACUAGUGCUGUUUGACAGAGAUGGUAUCAGCAGGGAAACCGUUAACUUCAAGACUGUGCCACCACACACUAGCUCCACAGGGCAAACUCUCCGAUUCUAAUUCCCCUCCCUGCCAAUGCAAGAAAAUAUAUCCACUCCGACAAGCAGCUACUCAUUUCUCUUCCUGCCACUUUCCAUUACUUCCCCAUCAUUAGGUGUCCCCUCUCUUUUUUCCUCUUUCCUACCCUUCUUCCACUCACCAGUCACCCUUUUCUUUCUUCCCCUGUUUCUGUCUCCCCUCUCAUUCCCAUCUCCAGCCUCCCCUCACAUUUCAGUCAUUAUACUUUGCACCACAACAGCAAUUUCCACCUGAGGCUCUCCAAGUGCUUUGCAAACAUUGAUGCAUUUAGUCUCCCAACUCUCUUGUAAGGCAGGAAACUGAGGCCCAGGGAGGUUAAGCGAUUCACCCAAGAUCACACAGCAGGUCAGUGGCAGAGCCAGAAGCAGAAUUCAAAUCUGCAGAUUCCCAGUCACCUGCUGUUACCACCAGACCAGGUUUAUCUUUCCCUCCUCCUUCUCUCAUUUACUCCCUCCCUCUUUCACUUCCUCCUGUUCUUCUCUGUCCAUGCCUGUCUUCCUUUGUGGCUGUCUCAGUUCUGCUCCCUAAGUUCUCGUCAUUCCUUCCCAGGGUUUUAAAGAGUGCUGGAUCUUGCCUAAUCAAAGUUUCUUCCUUGCUUUCUGGGUACAGCCAGUUAGUACUAGUAAAAAAUGGUAUCUACAAGGCACAAGUUUAAUGGAUUAAAGUUUAACACAUUUGUAUAAACAAAGGGCCUGAUACUGAAAGGUGCUGCACACCCAGAACUUUCACUGAAGGGUCAAGCCCCAAAAUACUGAAGUUUACCAGUAAAAGGAAAGAACAUGCUCCAUCUCACCUUUCCUCCUACCCCAUCACACUCCCGGGCCUUGUCAAUAAACAUUUCCUCCUGUUGCUAUCCCCAAUUCUACUCUUCACAGUUAGCAAUGUUGGGGGCACUACUGUAGGCUGAGUGCUGGUGGGCACCACCAUUUUUAGCAUUGUGAUCCUGAUUCCCAGUUACUCCAUUCCCACACCUGGCACAGGAAUGAGGUGGCCAAGGGGCAAGGUGGCCUUUUGUCACCUUUGUCCUCCCCAUAUUCUGGGGCUGUUUGGGGGUUGCCACAGGCCGCAGUGUAAGUUAGAGCAACCUCAGAGCUGCUCUAACUUAAACUCUAUUUCCCAUGCUUUCUAUGGGCCCUGGGAAACAAAGAAUAGCUGUAGCACUGCGUAUUAAGCUACAUCCCCUGCCCCAUUCUCAGCCUCCCACUCCAUGGCCCCAACAUUAGGGGCUGGGAGCACAACUGGCACAGGGCCUGUAUCAUAGAAUCAUAGAAUAUCAGGGUUUGAAGGGACCUCAGGAGGUCAUCUAGUCCAACCCCCUGCUCAAAGCAGGACCAAUCCCCAAUUUUUGCCCCAGAUCCGUAAAUGGCCCCAUCGGCCCCCUAAAGGAUUGAACUCACAACCCUGGGUUUAGCAGGCCAAUGCUCAAACCACUGAGCUAUCCCUCCCCCCUAGUUCUAUGCUAGUUCUAUGCUGGCCAGGAGGCCCUUUAUAUAGGGAUAUCCUUGGGGUGCUGUUUCUUCUCCCCAUAAGGCCCCUUUAUGCUGCCAGACCAUGGUAAAGCUGCCUUAGUGUAAUGCCAGAUUGGCCCCUGUGUCAUCUAAUCCUGCUCAGAGCAGGUCUAAAUGACACACUGGUUAAAACAGCGGCGGCAGCCCAUGACACAUCUACAACAGAGUGCUCUGCUACUGGUGGAGCUGAACUGCCGUUAGCAAUAGCAGACAAGGCUCUAGGCUCUGUCAGUGGCACUCCUGCUUUCCCAUCUUGGGAGUCAGCAUUUUUUAAACAUUUCCUAGCUCCAAGAUCUGAACGAAUCAAAGGCGGCUGACCAUUCUCAGGAACUGCUAAGGGACCAUCUCAGAAUGCAAACCUGCAUGCAAUGAGUGAUUGUCUCACACUGAACAAGACCUAGAAAUGUUGUUGGGUGGAUCACGGACAUCACGAUUAUCAGUGGCUUACAGUGGAUAUCAGAAUGCACUACAGUAUUUUUCAGAAACAAUGUGUUUUAGUACCACAGGGCAAAUAAAUAAAAAGCAUUGUCCACUAAGAGAUUGUUAACAAAUGCUUACUCCCAGAUCAGUUUCUUAUAUAUCUACUUGUAAUCUGAAAUUUGAACUGCCUGUUUGGUAUGUGUAGAUCAUAUCUGUAUCUAUACAUAUACAGUGGUUUCUUAUGGCAUUGACUGUUGCAUCAUGUAAAAAUCCUUUCAGUUUAAUUAUUCUGUUUUUGUAAUACUGCAUUUAUUUCAACACAAGAGAGAUAGGGCUUGCUUUCACAUAUACAACACAAAGUUAAUCUGUAAAUGAUGGUGAUUGCAAUCAAAAGGUUGUCUCAGUCUACAGGAAUUUAUUUAUUUCUAUAAAUGUUUUACGUAAGUGACUUCCACUUUGACAGCUAGGCACUAAUUACAAAAGUUAGGAAACAUACAUGAUGCUUUUAGUUUAUUACCUUUAGAAAAAGUGCUUAGAGUUACUUGCUCCAAUGCUUAGAAGAGCCAGUUCUAGGUUUGGGGAGUUUUCAGAGAUGGACUCAACUCAAAAUCUCAGUUGUGGUAAAAUUCAAAUCUAGGAAGAAUUCAGACCUAGAUUCACACUAUAAUGAGCCACCCAAACCUCAGAUCUGAACAAGGCACCCCACCACCACUCAGAAUAGGGGGAGAUUUUAAAUCCAGAUCAAGAAUCAGAUCUGAGCCCUAUAGCUUGAGCUCAUCUCUAAUUAUUUUUUAGAUGGAGCAGUUAGAAUCAUAGAAUAUCAGGGUUG